AGUAAUAGUAGAACAAUCUUUAGGGCUAGAACAUAAUGAAAAUGAAAUAAAAGAAGUAAAUCUACCUAUUGACGAGGCUAUAACUUUACCUAUAGAAGAUAAUUUAGCAUUGGCUAGAAUUAAAAGAGAUUUGAGUGUUAACUUAUGUAAGAGAACAUUUAUUUUACUAUUCAUAGCUAAUAAAGAUAAUAUUCAAGUUUUCAAAGAUGUUAUUAAGAGAAUUUCCAAGCUUGGUAACAAAGAAAAAGAUAGAAUCCCUUGUUUAGAAGCUGCAUAUUACCUAGAAAAAUUACUAGAUAAAAACAAACAAAAUUUCUAA